UCUCAUAGAAAGUCACCGUGCAAUACCUUAUACAGCAAUUGCCUCGGCUCCAACUGUUACAUUACCACGAAUAAAAGCACUCACUACUGGAACUGUUCCAAAUUUUUUGGAUGCGGUUCUUAACAUUGCGGAAUCCGACACUUCGUCGUCUCUUGCAUACCAAGAUAAUUGGUUAGUGCAAUUAAAGAACGCAGGGAAUAAGACCAUCUCAUUUUUUGGAGACGAUACAUGGAUAAAAUUAUUUCCCGGAAUGUUUAAUGUCACUGAUGGAACCACGUCAUUCUUUGCCUCCGAUACGGUUGAAGUUGAUGCGAAUGUCACGAGGAAUGUUAUCCCUCAAUUAUCGUUGCCAGAAUGGGAUGUUUUGAUAUUUCAUUACCUUGGCUUAGACCAUGUCGGUCAUUCAAGUGGACCACAUAGUUCGUUGAUGUUUCCAAAACAGCAGGAAAUGGAUGCGGUAGUCAAAACCAUCUUUGAGACCAUAGUUGAGCAGGAUAUGAUUCGAAUCGAAAAGAAUAAAGAUACAAAACCGACCUUGUUUGUGUUGUGUGGUGACCAUGGAAUGAAUGAGGUUGGAAAUCACGGGGGUUCAUCUAUUGGCGAAAUGUCAACUGCUUUUGUUUUUAUGAGCUCAAAAUUUGAGCAUCUAAAACAUGUUCAUGAGAAAAAGGCUGUGAUUCAUGAUGCUCAGUCCUUUGAAUUCUACGAAGUCGUAGAUCAAAUAGAUUUUGUGCCAACGUUAUCACUUGCAUUUGGUAUCCCGAUACCAAAGAAUAACUUGGGUAAAGUUAUGCCAGACAUUUUAACAGACAUUGAUCCUUUGGAAAAGUUGCGGUUAUUGCAAUUAAAUGCGCAUCAAUUGUCUGGUGUAUUACAGACGCUAUGGGAAUCUUUUGAUCGUGAUCCCGAAAUCAUCGAUUUGCAAAGUGUGAAUUAUUGUGAUGUUAAUGAUGGCGAGGAUGAGGCUAGACUUCAAUGUUCGUAUCGGAUGGCAUAUUAUUAUCAUGCGAAAGCGCUUGAUUUAUUCGAUAUGAAUUACAUAAGAAAUGCAUCAUCGUUCUACGAAAAGUUCAUCUCAGAAUCAAGCUCUCGACUCUCUGCUAGUUCGAGCGAUUAUGAUGUGGAAUCGAUGUGUUGGGGCCUACUUUUUAUGGGAUUCUCUGCUGUCAGCUUUAUCGUGGUCCUGGAAGGUCGAAAUAUCAAACAAAAAUUUCUUAAAAAUAUUAAGAGGGAAAGAAUAGAAUUGCUUGCUCUAUUAGGCACAUUAGGAUUUUGCGCCACUUUAUUUGCAAGCAGUUAUAUAGAAGAGGAGCAUCAAUUUUGGUAUUUUUGGACGCAAACACUAUGGCUAGUGUUCUUGAUCGAUAGGUAUUAG